CUCCUUCUUCCUCAUUUUUUCUCUCCAUUUUCUCCAUCUCCUUAUCUCUACAACACGAGGGGGUUUGUCCACGCUUUCUUCUUCGUCUUUUUCAAUGGUCAACUUCAUCUCUAUAUACUUCACUUCUUGACUUGUUUAGCCUAUAAAAACCCCCCUCUCCUUUUCACUAUUUCUUCACCACAUUAGCUAGCCACCCACAAAUUAACCCCCUCUAUUGUUAGAUCUCACAAAUUCUUCUUUUUUCUUAGUUUCUUUAAGUUCAAUUUAAAGCAAGAACCUCCCUCACUAGAGGUUUUUGCAGAGUGGAGCAUGCCGUCCAGAAUUUCUCGUCGGUCUAACAAGAUGUCAUCGUUGGUCGUAAAUGAUGGAAUUGAUAUUGGAUUUUCUUCUUCUGGGCUUCCACUUGGACAGUCUAGUAGCAUGCUGGACAGUCAGCUCCAUUCACUGGACAUGUUAUCAAAUACAUCAGAAAGUGAAAUGCCAAGACUGAGUAGUGAAGAUUUUGGAAGCAAAUCUGGUAAUGAAGGCAAUUCUGCUGGUGAUGAACAAGAUGUCAAUAAUAAGAGCCUCAAUAAGCGAAAGCGUUAUCACCGCCAUACUCAGCAUCAGAUCCAAGAAUUGGAAGCAUAUUUUAAGGAAUGCCCUCACCCAGAUGACAAGCAAAGGAAAGAGCUAAGCCGAGAAUUAGGGUUAGAGCCUUUGCAAAUCAAAUUUUGGUUCCAAAAUAAGCGUACUCAGAUGAAGACUAAAAAUGAGCGCGGUGAAAACUCACACCUUCGAGCAGAAAAUGAAAAGCUUAGGGCAGAAAAUCUGCGAUUCAGAGAAGCUCUGGGCAAUGUCUCCUGCCCUAAUUGUGGUGGCCAACAACCCCCUAUUGGCGAAAUGUCAUAUGAUGAACAUCAAUUAAGAUUGGAAAACACUCGACUUAGAGAAGAGAUUGAGCGCAUUUCAACUAUUGCAUCAAAAUAUGUGGGGAAGCCAUUUUCAAACCAUAACAAUGGUUACUCUCCUCCGCUUGACCUCGGCGUUCCUGCAUUUUCAACGCCACAAAGUGUCAAUGGAGACGCGUAUGGAGAUGGCGAAGAUGUUAUAAUAAGUUCAAUAAUCGGACCGAGUGACGCUGAGAAGCCAUUUAUCAUAGAACUUGCAGUUGCAGCCAUGGAAGAGUUUAUUCAAAUGGCACAUAUGCAAGAACCACUUUGGUUUCCUAGCAUUGAAAAUGGAACAAGCUUGUUAAAUGAAGAAGAGUAUUUUAGGAUUUUUCCAAGAGGAAUUGGACCUAAGCCUGAUGGAUUUAAGACUGAAGCUUCAAGGGAAACUGCUGUUGUUAUAAUGAAUCAUGUUAACCUUGUGGAAAUUCUCAUGGAUGUGAAUCACUGGUCAAGUAUGUUUUCUGGUGUUGUGUCGAGGGCUUCAACUAUUGAUGUACUAUCAACUGGAGUAGCAGGUAAUUUUACUGGAGCAUUGCAAGUGAUAUUAGCAGAAUUUCAAGUACCCUCUCCCCAGGUUCCAACUCGAGAAUGCUACUUUGCUAGGUAUUGCAAGCACAGAGUUGACGGUACAUGGGCUGUUGUCGACGUUUCAUUGGACCAUUUACGCGCUAUCCCAUCUGCUAGGUGCCGGAGAAGGCCCUCAGGGUGCCUUAUUCAAGAGAUGCCAAAUGGGUACUCAAAGGUCACAUGGGUUGAACAUAUUGAAGUUGACGAUAGUGCAGUCCACAAUAUUUACAAGCCUUUAGUGAGUUCUGGCCUUGCCUUUGGGGCAAAGCGAUGGACUGCAACUCUAGAUAGGCAAUGUGAACGUCUUGCAAGUGCUAUGGCCACAAAUUUUCCAACCAAUGACCUUAGUAACAUGGUGUUGACAAAUCAAGAUAGCAGAAAGAGUAUGUUGAAGUUAGCAGAGAGAAUGGUGAAUAGCUUUUGUUCUGGAAUGAGUGCCACGGCUGGUAAUCAAUGGUCGACGCUUUCUGGAAGUGGCUCCGAUGAUAAUGUUCGAGUUAUGACUAGGAAAAGUGUAGAUGAUCCUGGGAGACCACCUGGUAUUGUGUUAAGUGCUGCAACUUCAUUUUGGCUGCCGAUUUCUCCUAAAAGAGUAUUCGACUUCCUCCGCGAUGAAAACACUAGGAGCGAGUGGGACAUCCUCUCCAAUGGGGGUGUUGUUCAAGAAAUGGCUCAUAUUGCUAAUGGAAGGGAAACAGGCAAUUGUGUCUCAUUAUUGAGAGUAAAUAGUUCAAACUCAAGCCAAAGCAAUAUGCUAAUAUUGCAAGAAAGCAGCACUGAUCCAACAAACUCCUAUGUUAUCUAUGCACCUGUUGAUAUUGGUGCAAUGAACAUAGUAUUGGGUGGUGGAGAUCCAGAUUUUGUUGCACUUUUACCCUCCGGAUUCGCGAUACUACCAGAUGGCCCUCCAGGAAAUAGUAGAGUUGGUUCUGGUGGAUCUCUACUAACUGUUGCAUUUCAGAUUUUGGUUGAUUCAAUUCCUACUGCAAAGCUUUCACUAGGAUCAGUUGCUACUGUGAACAAUCUCAUUGCUUGCACUGUGGAUAGGAUCAAAGCUGCUCUUUUAUCCGAGAGUACACCUUCUUAAGAUCUGUGUAUGGACAAGGUGAAAUAGAGAGGACGGCAUGAAAUAAGUUAAGCGGAAGUCAAGAGCGCACCUUCAUCCUUUGGUUGUAUUGUUUGUACAAAUCAACCAAGGCGUCUAAUUUAAAGCUUUUUCUACAAAGUUUAGAUAGGUUAAGUAGAGGUUCGUGAACUGACUUCCAGUGGAAAUUCCAAAGAGAAUUAGAAAAUAUAAAGACUAUAUAGAUUCUAGAAUAUAGAAUAUAUCAGUUGGUCUUUUUUUUUUAUUUCCUUUUUCAAUACAGGUCUUGAUCCUGUGCAAUUAGGGUUCACCUCCUGUGUGUCUAGUGCUUCUAGUCUUUGAACUUGAGAGCAUUUGGCAGACUUUUUUGUCUGCUUUUGCUUGACUAUAUCAAAAUAUAUUAGAAUUGUGGUUUCUCU